ACCUCGCGGUCACGUGACGCGGAAGCGGCCGGCGUGGGGUCGGGGUGUCUGGAGCAGCUGGGCGUCAUGGCGUCCAUUCUGGACGAGUACGAGGACUCCCUGUAUCGCUCCGCCUCCGUGCAGCACAGCCGCGCCACUGUGGGCAUCCCGCACUCCGGCUGAAAUUGCCGUGUGUAUCCUGCAAAGUGGCCACGUCUGAGCAAACUUCAACCCUGAGCUCUAAACUUAACUUCAUCAGGAUAUGUGAAUGCACGACUGGAGAAGGAAACACCAAUAUUUAACAAGCAAAGGAUUGACUUUUCUCCUCCAGAGAAAAUUAACAGCUUAGUGGUCUCCUCUAACCAGCUCUGUAUGAGCCUUGGCAAAGACACCCUUCUCAGGAUUGAUCUUGGGAAGCCAGAUGAACCUAAUCAAGUGGAGCUGGGACGCAAAGAUGAAGCCAGAGUCUACAAGAUGUUUUUAGAUCACACAGGUUCUCAUCUCCUGAUAGCUCUGAACACCAGUGAAUGCCUUUACCUGAACAGGAGUGUUCAGAAAGUACGAGCGCUGUCCCGCUGGAAAGGUCACUUGAUUGAAAGCGUGGGCUGGAACAAAUUUCUUGGUACUGAGACCAACACUGGGCCUAUCCUGGUGGGAACGGCCCAGGGGCAAAUCUAUGAAGCUGAAAUAUCUGUCAGUGAGGGAGGCCUCUUCAGCACUAAUCCUGACCAGUACUUCCGACAGGUCUACACUCUGGAGGAGGAAUCGGGAUCUGCGCCUGUCUGCUGCUUGGAGAUUGAACGAGGGAUAGAAGGGAAAUUUUUUAUUAUAGCAACCACUCGAAAGAGACUUUUCCAGUUUGUCGGCAAAGUGCCUGAAGGUACAGAGCAGCAAGGCUUCGGCUCCAUAUUUGCUAUGCACGCUGACCACUUGCCCAGCUUCAGGGAGUUUCCAGCCAGCUUUGGAUUCAGUGAGAUAGCCUUUUAUACUCCAAAACUGCGCUCCAACCCACGCUCCUUUGCUUGGAUGAUGGGAAAUGGUGUCUUAUAUGGUACAUUGGAUUAUAGCCGUCCUGAUUCAAUUUUGAGUGAUGAACGGGUCUGGGUUUAUCCUUCUGAUAUUGACGUAACUGUGAACAAGCCAAUAUCUAUUGUGCUCACCCAGUUCCACUUUCUGUUGUUGCUGCCUGAUAGGGUGAUGGCUGUGUGCACGCUGAAUGAGCAGGUUGUUUUUCAAGAUGUGUUUUUGGAGAAGUUUGGCACAUUGACGCGCAUGAUCAAAGAUCCCAUGGUCCAGCAGAUCUGGAUCCACACUGAGAAAGUCGUGUUCCGCUAUCACGUCCAGCGGGAAUCGAGAGAUGUGUGGAAGAUGUAUAUGAAUAUGAACAAAUUUGAUUUAGCCAAAGAAUAUUGUAAAGACCGUCCAGAGUGCCUAGAUAUUGUGCUGGCAAAAGAAGCAGAGCACUGCUUCCAAAACAAGAGGUAUCUAGACAGUGCCAAGUGUUAUGCACUGACCCAGAACUAUUUUGAGGAAAUUGCCCUUAAGUUCAUUGAAGCCAAGCAAGAAGAGGCCCUGAUGGAGUUUCUAAUUAAGAAGUUAAAUAACCUAAAGCAUUCUGAAAAGACACAGACCACUCUGCUGACCACGUGGCUAACAGAGCUGUACUUGAACUGGCUAGGUAUAUUGGAAGGAGAUCCCUCACAGCGGAAUCUCUAUUUGGAUACCAGGGAGAAGUUUCGCACCUUCCUGAGCAGCCCUAAGAACAAAGACUGUCUGUUUAAUAACCGGGCAUCUAUUUAUGAGCUCUUGGCAAGCCAUGGGGACACAGAGCACAUGGUCUAUUUUGCAGUCAUCAUGCAGGACUAUGAGCGAGUAGUAGCUCACCACUGCCAACAUGAUGAGUACGAUGAAGCUCUAAAUGUGCUGUCCAGGCACAGGGAUGAGAAGCUGUUCUACAAGUUUUCUCCAGUCCUCAUCCAGCAUAUUCCCAAGAAGGUAGUUGAUGCUUGGAUUUCUAUGGGCUCCAGACUGGAUGCAAGGAACCUUAUUCCAGCCCUUGUUAACUAUAGCCAGAGUGCUAGCACUCAGCAGAUCAAUGAAGCCAUUAGGUACAUGGAGUUCUGUGUGUAUCAGCUGGAGGAAACCCAGCAAGCUAUUCACAACUACCUGCUGUCUCUCUAUGCUUUGUGUCGGCCGGAUUCAUUGCUAUCAUACCUGGAACAAGCAGGAACCAACCCAAACAGGAUUCACUAUGACCUGAAGUACGCGCUGCGCCUGUGUGCAGAGCAUGGGCACCAUCAUGCGUGUGUCCAUAUUUACAAAGUGAUGGAAUUAUAUGAGGAAGCUGUGGAUCUUGCAUUACAGGUGGAUGUUGAUCUUGCCAAGUCCUGUGCAGAUCUCCCUGAAGACGAUGAGGAGCUCCGGAAGAAACUGUGGUUGAAGAUUGCUCGCCAUGUUGUUCAGGAAGAGAAGGAUGUCAAGAAGGCAAUGGCCUGUCUCUCCAGCUGUGCCCUGCUGAAGAUUGAAGACGUCCUGCCAUUCUUUCCAGACUUUGUCACUAUUGACCAUUUCAAGGAGGCUAUCUGUAACUCUCUGGAGGACUACAACAAGCACAUCGAGGAGCUGAAAAGGGAGAUGGAGGAAGCCACACAGAGUGCCAAGAGAAUCCGAGAGGACAUCCAGGAAAUGAGAAAUAAAUAUGGCUCUGUUGAGCCUCAGGAGAAAUGUGCUGCUUGUGACUUUCCUCUUCUAAACCGCCCAUUUUACCUUUUCCUUUGUGGUCACAUGUUUCAUUAUGACUGUCUUCUCCAAGCAGUUUUUCCAAACCUUCCUGCCUAUAAGCAGGCAAAGCUGGAAGAUCUUCAGAAGAAGCUGGCAGCUACCAGUCAGCCUUCCAAGGGCCACCAUCGUACCAAGGAUGCAGAUACUGCUAGUCUGGGGAAGGGGCAGCAGAGCCGGGAACAGAUCAAAGCUGACAUUGAUGAUAUUGUGGCAGCUGAAUGCGUGUACUGUGGUGAGCUGAUGAUCCGGUCCAUUGACAAGCCUUUUAUUGAUCCCCAGAAGUAUGAAGAGGAGAUGCAAAGCUGGCUGUAGUUCUCCAAAUCUGCAACUGUCAUUAUACCGGAGAGGUUUUGUUCAAAACUUGUAAAGCUCCUGUGGUGGAAGUAAAAUCUCCGAAAAUGGGAACACAGUGGCUUCUGUGGAACUCUUACAGAAAGAGUAAUGGGGUCUUGUUAUCAGGAUUAUAGUGAACUGACUGUGAAAAACGUGGAGAUAUAGCUAUUGUUGUCUAAGAACUCAAGAAGUAAUUAGAGCUGAUCUACUGGAUUUCUGUUUUAGCAGAUGUUUGUUGUUUGCAGUUUUGAGGUUCUCAGUGUGAAACUAAUGGAGUGCCUUGUUGCCCAGAAGGCAUUGGUGACAGCCUGUGAUUUCUCUUCCCUGUUGCGUGGUAUCUGUUUUGAUAAAGACGAGCUUAAAUUGAAGGCAGUGAGGAACACUGAACAGUGUAGUCUUCAUUCAUCACUUCCAAUGCUAGAAUUGCCUUUCGAUUCCUUUUUUGCUGAGUCUGUGGCCACAUAUGCUGAGAAAAUACAAAAGGAGAAGUGCUCUUGCAUAUAUAUUUUGUAAACAUUGUGCUACAUGAAUACAUGUUUCUACACAAUGUAGCAUCUGUAUAAUUUUCAAGCAGAUGUGUCAGCGUACAGUUAAGUCAUUUGACUAAAAUUCUCUUUCCCACAAGCUUUAUGAACAAGUUUGUACAUUUGAAUUUUCUCUGGGGGCUUUUUUUUCUGAUAAUACUUAAGUCUGUUUACACCUUUGUCCCACUUCCACUCUGACUUCCUUUAUAUAGUGGAUCUUGUUUUCACCUCCACCCCAACCAGUGUUCCAGACAAGUAGGAACACUGCCCAGUUGUAUUGCUGUGCUCUGCUCUUCUUCAGGCUGCCCUCAAGCGCUGGAAUAGAGAUGUAGUCAUAGAUUUCCUCAAGGGCAGAAUACAGAAAACUCUUAACUUGUGAAAAAGUUGCUUUCCUUUUUAAAGCCAGUGCUGGGUAGCCAGCAGUCUUCUGCCUUCUUGGCAGUAUUUGAUGCUUUCUGAGAAUGGCUGCAAGUCAGUGUUUGUGUCUAUUGCUCUAAUUUGGAACAUUCUUCCCAGAAUUGUCCACUGUGUUGUGGGUGAGGGAACAAGGGAAAAAAAAAUCUCCAGCGCUUUGCCUGGGAUCCUUGUUUUACUGCUGAGGAACCUCAAGUUUUAAUGACAUUCAGCUGGUUGUGGCUGAAUUGCAAAACUAGCAGAACUGAUCUAAGUCAAAAGUGAUGAUUCUUGUAGUUAAGUCAAGCAAUAUAUUGUCCUCUGAAUAGCUCUUCUGUUCCUUCACAAGCCUGUGCUUGUCUCGAGCACUUGCCUCAAUCUGCAAGUCCCUUAUACUGUUCAUAGGCUUGCAGAACUAGGUCUUUUGCUUCAUUGCAAGGGAAUAUAGAUUGGUUUUCUUGAGGAGCUGACCUAAGAAUUUUGAUGACCAUUCAUAGCUUCAGAAGACCAUCUGUGUGUUUGUUGGGAGCUUCACUGUGUAAUGAGUGAAUUUUGUCUGUGCAAAGUAAGUACUAAAAGCAGAGCUGAAGUGGGAAGACAUGAGGUAGCUAUUUUUUACAUGAGUAGUAGCUUAUUCUGGUGGAGAGAGUAAUUUAAAGUUACUUGUUUUCUUUGGGACAUUGUUAAUAUUUGUUCUGUCUCUUUACUUUUUGGCAUUACAGCAUGCUUUCCUGGUGUGUUAAAAGUAUUAGCUUUACAGUCCUUCCCUGUCAGUGCAGCAGAACAAUGUUAGGUAAAUGUUUCUGUUUUUCUCUGAUGAAGAAAAAUACUUUUUGCUUACAGACCAUUCCAGGGGGAUCUGGUCUGUAGAAUUAAAACUCACAAUUCUCUGCCUGAGAUGGGUUAGUAGGGAAAGUACCACAAAAACCCACUGAUUUCAGUCUUAGCUAUUUGUACAUCUCGGUUCACAAUACUAAAACUACAUUAUUUUUUAUGGCCAGUAUGCUGUAUUCUGUGAGGGCUCCAGGUUUGUGCAAUAGAUACGUAUACCACAAAUGUAAUUCUUCCUCACCACUGUUAACUGCAAAUCUUCUAAGUUGUUUGCUGUUGAGGUUGUGGAAAUCGUCACCAUCUGAAAAGACUCCAGCAGUGGUUAAAUGACGAGUGUCAGUAGUCCAGCAAAUCAUAUAGAGAUACCUUCUGAGCUUUCCUUGCACUGUCACCUGCUUCAAGAGUUUUGCUAAGUUCUCACUUGUGCUUUGUGGCAACUUUGCAAUACCACUCCCUGAAAAUGAGGUGUUUAUUUGGGAGGGGCAGAUGGAAGCAAACUGUUUACUGUUCUCCAAUAAAUCCAGUCUGCAAGAUCUUUUCCUCUGUGCUUUCAGAACGGCGUUUUUAUCUUUUCUCCCUGUAAUUUCAGCCCAGUUAUGGUUUUUGAAGUCCUUUGUAUUUAUUUAUUUUUGUUCAACUGUGAAUGAACUGUAUACUGGCUGUUACAAAUGACAUGAUCUUGAGCCUUA